CUCGACUCGAGUCCCCGAUAAAACGGAAAAAUUGCUCACCCGCUUCCCCUGCUCCUCCAUGGUCCUCUCCUCCUUGAGCACUUCGCUGAGGCUCAGUUUGAGCUCCUCCAGGUCUCCGUUGUUGGCAAUCUUCAGCUCUGGGAAACAAAAAGAGUUAUGGCUCUGUCUAAACCUUUUAAAAUCCUGGUAACCCAUCCAGAAAUACCUGCAUUUGCCAUAAAAAAGUUGAUGCAGAGGUGCGAGUUGGUCGUCUGUCCUGAGGUGCCAUAUUCGACACGCGACCAAAUUCUGAGCAGAGUCACUCCAGACCUUGAUGGAAUUUUGUGGCUGUCCAAGCAUCGCAUGGACAAAGAGGUUUUGGAUCUGGCUGGUCCAAAGCUGAAAGUUGUGGCCACCAUGGCAGUUGGUUACGACAACAUCGAAGUCGCGGAGGCCAAGAGCAGGGGAAUCAAAGUCGGAAACACGCCCGGCGUCCUCGAUGCUGCUGUCGCGGAAAUCGCUCUCUGCCUCCUCCUCGAAAUAGCCAGACGCGUUCCUGAAGGCCGAAACAGCAUUCUGGAGGGGCGGUGGGAAGCUGUGCGUCCUCAGUGGCUUCUGGGCAAGGACAUAAGAGGCUCCACCGUUGGCGUUGUUGGCCUCGGCAAUAUCGGUCUCUCCAUAGUGAAGCGCCUCUUGCCUUUCGAAAUUGGCAAAUUCAUCUACACCGGCCACAACAGAAAACCAGAAGGGGACAAGUUGGGAGGCACUUUCGUGUCCUUUGACGAGCUUCUUCAACAGAGCGAUUUUGUAAUUGUCUCUUGUCCACUGACGCCAGAAUCAAAAUUCCUGUUCAACGCCCAAGCCUUUGCCAAGAUGAAAGAAAGUGCGAUCCUCGUAAACAUCGCUAGAGGAGACAUCAUUGACCAGGAGGCUCUGGUGAGUGCGCUGCAAAAUGGCAAAAUCUGGGGAGCCGCUCUAGACGUGAUGAGUCCUGAGCCGUUGCCCGCCGAUCAUCCUUUGACCAAACUGAAAAACUGCGUACUUGCUCCUCAUUUGGGGAGCGCCACGGAGAAAACGCGAGGCGACAUGGCCAUGCUUGCUGUCGACAACAUCUUGGCAGCUCUCGACGGAAAACAGAUGCCUGCCCCUUUGUAAUAUUUGCGUAUUCCUUGACGAGGAUUGAAUUCACACAAAAAUGUGCUUCAUUGUAGACACCAACAAAUAGUAUUAAUUAAUUCGGAGAAA